AUGACUCUGGGGCUCCUUUUUCUGCUUUGCUUUGAACUAGGUAAAUUGAUAACAGAAAACCCAAAGUCCUCCUCCUCCUGCUGCUGCUCAAGAAACUUUUCUGUUGAUACAAUGGCAGGCUGAGGAUAGAAAGCAUCUUGAAGAAAUGGUAGCUGUGGAACGGUUAGUUCCAGAAGACAAAGUAAGGACCCUCGAAUCCCUCCCACAAAAUAGUGGCAGUCUGCAGACACAAUAAGUGCACAUAGGACUUCAGUCAAUAUGAGGUUUCAGCUCAGUCCUGGAAACUGCUUCUGAUGCACCUGCCAUGACAUGACAUAGAUGAGUUCUUAAGGAGAUGCUUUCUAUUUUCUGCAGAAUCCUUGUCGCUUCUCCAUUCUAAGUGACCAUCUUUAAUGAUUCCCAUUCCCUCUGCUGCUUUACACAGAUGAAGCUAUCAAAUGCCAUGUCUGUGACAAUGUGAAGGAAGACAACACCUGUUUCCAUAAAUCAUACAUCUGUUCUGGGGGCAUUACAGAAAGCUGCUUCACUCGGAGAGUUUCUCUAGGUGAGUCGUAAGAGGUGAGGUUGGAGGUUCCAUGAAAAACCCGCCAUGCAGGAGGGUCCAUGAAAGACCCGCCAUGCAGCUGGUUGCUCUAAUGCUGGUCAGAACAGAGUUUUAUGCUGAUACUAAGGAGGGGUGCAUCUAUCAAUUGCAGUUUCUCAUUUUCCCAGUUUUUAGGGUUGCAUCCCAGGCUAGUCCUGCUCAGAGCAGACCCACUGAAAUUAAGAGACAUGGCCACCUUGGGCCCAUUCAUUUCAAUGGGUCUACUUUGAGUAGGUUAGUGGAAUAUUUUUCUGUAUUUGACUUCUUAACAUUUCCCCAUCAAUUUCUGAAUACUUUUAAAUCCCCAUUAAAAAAAUUAGUACAAAUUUCCCACAAUAUACACAUUUUUGCAUACAGUUCUGGUGAAUAUACACUCUUUUUGCAAAGCAAUUUCCCCUAAUAGAAUGUAUUUUAGGGGACUUCCGGGGUCGCGCCAUCGGUAAUGGCGGAUUCCCUCUGAUCCGGAGGGACUGGCUCCACGGAAAACGGGUCUGUUCCGCUACGGCGAAGCGGGGACCCUUUAAAAAAUCACAGGCGGAUGAAGCCUGUGACCAUGGGACUCGGCGGGCACCUUUCGCGCCCCCCCAAUUCGUAAAGGAACCCAAUUACGGGCUCCGGAGCGAAGAGGGGCUAGUGGCGUGGUGCUGAGAGUCAACUGCUUCUUCCGUGGAGUGAAGCCGCACAGCCGUUGCCGGAGAGUGCUACCUUUUUCCUGGGACAAUUUGGCUACAAAAACAACUACCCAUGAGCAGAUCAAAUUUGGACAAUUGGACUUUAAACAACGAUCUGUGAGUAGAAUGGAAAAUUGGAUUAAGAAAUUCCUCUUAAUUUGGCACUGAAGCGGGAAGGUCUAAACAGGAAGUCAGCCUUCCGUUUCUUGUAGAUAGAUUAAAGCAAAGACAUGGCAAACUAGAGUGUAGAAAAUCAUUUGUAAAGGAUCAACUUUCAUCAUCUAAAAUUACUGAACCCCCUUUGGAAGCAGGAGAAGAGGGGUUUUUUUUUCUGGAUUGUUUAAACCUGCAGAAGAGAGUGUAAAGAAAAGUAAUUUUCCACCGUCUUGAACCUGGGAGCGGGGUGUCAGGACAGACGUUUUUGGGAAGUUCAUUGACUAUAGACAAAUGUUUUUGACAGACAGUUAAAAGAAGAGAAACAUAGUGAUUCCAUUGUCCUCUUUCGCAUUUUAAAGGAACAAAUAUUGACAAAAUAUCUGAAAAAGGAAACUUUGUUGUUAGAUCUGCUGUUAAAAAAAAAGAAAAGGGUUGGAUACAAAUAGAAGUUCUUCCCCUAGAGGGAGCUUGUGAAACUGUUAUUAAAUUUGAACUGGGGAGCUUCGCAGCUGCAACAGAUUAAGAUCGUGGGAACAGACUUCUGACCUUGCAUAACAAUGUACUCAGAGGCUCUGGUGCGUGCUUUAUUGGAACAGUUACAUGAGAAGACGGAUUUGAUGACUGUUGCGAUCAGAAAUUUUGGACAGGUAGUGGGUAUCUAUAUAGAACCCACUCAAAAAUCAAUUCAGGAGUGUGCGCUGACAGAUCAGAUGAAGGAGGAGGUUGUGGCUGGACCCCAGGAGGCAGAGAUGGAGGGAACCGUGGCCCAGCAGGAACAUGAGUUGUUGGAUCUGACGAAUGAACCUGGAAAAAGCCAGAUUUGGAGAGAUAGAGUCUUGUUUGGCUUGGAGAUGGGGGGCUGGAUAGACCCCCCUUUGCAGGGAUGUUUUGACUUUUCAAGUCUGGUGUUGGGCCUGGAGGAGUUUGGAGUUGUGGGGGUCCUCAAUUUUGGAGGGACCUUGAAACAUGCUUUUAAAUACCACAUGGAGUUCAGUGUGGACUAUGGAAAAUGGGCUGAUCUGUCGAGAAGGGACAAAAAUACUGUCAAGCUGGAGUCUCCACGAGUGAAAGGAGCAGAAGACAAAGUAAAGUACAGGUAUAAAUAUGAAGAAGAUCUGCGGAAGGGAUAUGGAAGAGACUUAAGGGCCUCGGACAUAAGGUUACCAGGUUAAUGAACUAGAUGGAUGGGAUAGAAAGGACUGACAAGACCCGAGACCAGGAGGAAGAGACGUUGGAUGAAGAUUGGAGAAAGUUUCAAAAAUUCUAUUUAGGAAUGUUUUUUAAAAUUAAUGAGUAUUAGAAAAAUGUUGGAACAAAAUUAUUUGACUUUAGCAGAAAUGUUAAAAAGAACUAUGCAAGAAUAUGUUAUGGUUAUGAGAAAUUGGUAUAAAUAAGACUUAAGUUUUAAGUUUUAGGGUUUUUUAUAGUAAGAUAAGGUUAAAAUAGAUUAAGGUAAUUUAAUGACAGAAUAUCAGAUGGGAAGGAUUUGCUGUGAUAAUUAAUAACUAGAAUACAAAAAAGGGAGGGGUGAGGAGGUCGAUGAAAUAAGGUAAUGACAGUUAAGGAUUUGGGAACAUUGGAUCUGUUUUUAAACUUUUGUGGUUUAUUUUUGUUUUUUGAUUUUGAUGUGUUAUGUGUUUUGUUUUUGCUUUUUGCUUUUGAUUUUUAUCGACUUGUAUUGUUUGAUUGCCGUUUGUUUUUUCCUUGUUUUUUUCUUCUUUUUCUCUUUGUUUUUUCUGUAAUCUUAAAAUUCUUAAUAAAUAUCAUUAAAAAAAAAGAAUGUAUUUUAUUUUCACCAAUAUAUGCACACUUUGCACUAGCAGAUGCAUGUUUGCACAGAUAUGCAGCACCCUUCCAGGUUAGAGGGGUGGGGAGAGGGAGUUGCAGUUCUCCAUAAAAAUUCCAUCUUUCUCAUCAAGGGAUCAAUCUACUCAUGUCUGGCGUCAGGAGAUUGUUUGUGGUGCUGGGCUAGAGAGACAGAAUAAGGAUGCUGUUAGUGCACGACCUGCCCUGCUCCUUUGUAACCUACCUGACCAAGUUGGCAGAGGUGGUCUCAAAUAUGGUGUUGGAGAACCCUCACACGUGUUGUUGGGGGACCUCAAAAUCCAAGCCGAGGCUGCCUCAGAUGAACUGGCUCAGGACUUCGUAGCCCCCAUGACAACCAUAGGGCUGUCUCAGUACCUCAAUUAUCCAGCACAUGUGGUGGGGCAUACCCUCAACCUGGUCUUUGACACAAAGAAGACUGGUAAUACUUUUUUGAUUGGGAGGCUCGUUGUGAGUCCAUUAUCAGGGAUGGAUGGAGUGAAUGUAGCUACAGCAGUCGGCAAGAAUGGGGGACCCAUUGAGUUGGUCCACCCUCAGAGACUGAUGGAAUCUGAUGGAUUCUUGAAUGGAUUCCUCUGAGGGAUUUCCUGGCUGGCAUGGCUGGCACUCCUGCUGAGGCUCUUGCCUCACUGUGGGAUGGUGAGAUGCCAAGAGCCCCUGACUCGAUCACCCCUGAGCAGCUUUGCUGUUACUGUGGAACAUGUAGAUCACCUUGGUAUUCUAGUGACCUGCAUGCAACGAAGCAAAGGGAUUGGAGGUUAGAGGGUAGAUGGUGCAAGACUAGGUCCAAACCUAACCGAGGUGGCAUCACUGUGCCUACCACAUGGUGGUGGAGGUGGCAAAGGAGAAGAAAGCUUACUUCUCUGCUACCACUGCGUCUGCAAGUAGAUGUUCAACAGAGCUUUUCUGAGUGGUGAAUGGGCUUUUCUCAGCUGGCCAAGAGAAGGUUCCUCUGACACUCUAGGAGGCCUGCUGUAACCACUUUGCGAGGCUCUUUGGGGGAAAAAUCACUCAGAUUUGGACAGUGCUAGAUGCCAUAGUUAGAGCAAGCAGGUGUCUGCAGCAAAGUCUGUUCCAUCUGUGCUGGGUCAGUUUAUAUUGUUGUGGACGAGCUGCUGGAAGAAGUGUGGCUGAUCACCUUGACCCUUGCCCAUUUGAGCUUCUUUGAGGUAGCCAUAGCAGGUUGACUGGGUGGGUCCAGUGAGUGAUUAAUGCUUCCAUGGAGGCGGGAAGUACCAUUUGUCUUGAAGGAGGCAUAAAAUAAAACAGAACUAUAUACAGAGAUUUCAUUCCUUUCUGCUCCCUGCAGCCAUCUGGCCAGAGAGAUAAGCUCACAGACUCCCACAGACACUGGCAGACACUGAAUCUCUCCUCCACCAGACAUGCCCAGAUAAAGAAACCUGGGGAGAAUUCUCAUUGCUAAGCAGAAUUGGCUCAUGUACAGAUCUCCCCGAAGGAUCAUUUCAAGUUUAUUUUGGAAUCCACCCAAAAUAAAUACAUUGUCAUCCCACUGAGAUUUCUGCUCAGGGUGACAUAAAACUUUCUUACUGAAGGUGGCUGGUGAGGAAGCACACAUGUCCCAAGCCUCAUAAUUUGGGGGAAGUAACAGUGACCAUUAACCAAAUGUUGCAGCUCCAUCACCAGUGUGCAACACCAGGAGCCUUCACAGCAGUGCAUCUCUUCCAAGAAGUGUGCACUGCCAGCCUCUCCCACUUGAGGGCUCAGUGACUUUGCAUGCCUCACAACUGCUUCUCUUUCUGCCUCCUUCCUUAGGACCGGUGGUCGUGAAGAUUCAGCGAGGCUGCGGUUCCACCUGCUAUACAGUUGUUAGCAACCGCCGCUUCCGUAAAAUAGAAUUCUUGUGCUGCAAGAAAAGCUUCUGCAAUACCCAUAACAUCUGGCCUGAGACCCCAGACAAGAAUAUUCCAUGGACUUUCUGA